AUGACGGGUGCCAUCAAGACUCAAAAGCUGCUUGAAAAAUAUGGUAUCUACAAUGAAAAAAUUGCGGACUUUGCCAAGUGGUCAGUGAAUGACAAGAAACUCAAGAAUGCCAGCCGUGGAAUUUUCAAUUACAUCCACGAGCAGGGGAAAACCCUUCCAGUUCCACUGUCAGCAGUGAUGGCACCAGUUCGUGGAAAGAGCCGUCACAAACACAUUGAACGGACACGGCCAUGGCCAGUCCUUCUACUUAGUGAUUGGGUUAGAACUGCUUUUCAAGAACCCUUCAAAGGCUUCUACUUGCUUGGUGGGAAAAAAAGUGAUCAGCUAGAUGAAGUCAAGGCUAUGCUGUCACGCUUCUGGUCACGCUACAGGGUAGUAGAUUCUGAUGUGGCCCCGGAGCAUCCCGAAAUCACAAUCCCGUUUUUUAUUCACGGGGACGAAGGACGUGGUCAGUGCAAACGUGCAGUCCUAGUACUGGCUGCCCAGCCUGUGUUUGGAUGGGGUGGGGAAAACAGUAUUACAUCUCACAAGCAACUUGCUUUCAAUAUGCAAACCUUCACGACAAGAAUGUUGAUGACAGUCAUACCUUCCGAGCAUUACGCAGCCAAUGGGGCAACGCUCCAAACAAUUCUGCGGGCACUG